AAGCAAAGAUUGGUAUGGGAUUCGAACCAGGAUUAUCCACGUCCGAAGACAAACGACCAGUUCUCGUCGCCAUCCGCUCGAACUGUCAAACCAUCUAAAAUACUCGACGACCGAGUAGGAUAGUGACGUCGUCAAUACUCCCCUUGAAUUAGAAAGAGACUACCGACCAAAUAGGCUCAUUUAUCUCUGUCGCAACCGUCACCCAUUUUAAGAUCGUAAGGCGCAAUCUAGAGUAUAAUAUAUCUAUGCUUGGAACUAUUUCAUGGGCCAUGAAGUAGUUCCAAAUGGUUCCCACGAAAAAGAAGAUGAAAUAGCGAUUAUGGAUAAUGUCAUAAAGCGGUGAAGAUAUGCACGGAUGACUAGAUACAUGUAAAAGAAGAAAACAAAGGCAAGAUAAACAAAAAAGUGAAUGUGACCGUUAAUGCUAGUUUUUGAAAAUAUUUUAAUAUCAACAAAAACUCCCGCAAAAAAGUAGAGUGAGAUAUCUGAAGAUACGCUCAAUACAAAGCAAUUUAAUUAAAAGUAAUUGAUUCAUAAUUAUUCAAGAUGUUUUCUUCGCCAACAGUACAAAUAUAUUUAUCUGAAAAUGCUGAUAGCCACAUCCAGAGAAAGCAAGGAAAUAAUCAUUUGUCUAGAAAACCCUUUAUUGAUAAGUCAAUAAAUGGAAAAUCUCCCCAAGAGAAAAACAUGAAAAAAAUUUUACCUGGUAAAGAUCCUCUCAUAAAACAAAAAAUAUCACCUGAUAUGUCGAAAGUCAUACAGGAAGAUAAUUUUGAUUUAGAUGGAGAAGAUUUUAUAUAUUCUGGGAAAACUAUGAAGGACAACUAUAGUGACAUUUGGCCAUCUCUUCGUCUGGAUAAAGAAGAUAUUAUAAAAAUUCUCAGGAACUAUUCUUAUCCUCCAAAAACCCCACCACCUUUUAUAGAUUCAGAUUUUGAUGAUUUCAAACCAGCAACAUACAUUGAACCAGAAUUUAUUGAAAUGUUACCAAACGAUAUAUGUACUGUAGAGGCACCUGUACUUUUAGAUGAAAGUUUUGAGGUUGAUAUGCCUGAUUUGCAAACAUUUGAAGACCUGGAUUUAACAUUUUAGUUAUAUUUUUGAAAUUUAAUGUUUGUGUUUUAAUUGUAUAUUUUUAAUGUGACUAAGAAAUUAGAUAGUUGAUAAUUUUGUAUUUUGUAAUUUGUAAUAUUUUUCCAAAUAAAUGAAUACUAUUCUAA